AUGAACCGCCGCUCGCCACGAUUCUCUGUCCCAGAGAGUGGGAGAAAAGAUGAGGAGAAUGCUGAGGAGGCCGACAGCGUUGCAAGGAGAACGAGAAGUCAGGCGGCGAUCAGGCAGGCGGGAGAACCGUCAAAUCAGGAGGCUGGAUGCGGUGAGGGUACCGUGGAUGCUCAGGUGGUCGGUGGCAGUGAGACAACCGCGGAUGAUCAGGAGGCCGUUGACAGUGGAACGGUGGAUGCCCAGGACGUUAAUCUUCUUGGAGCUACUGAAGUGAUGCACCCAACAGCAGAAAGGCCAGCAACAACGGCGGCCGCAACAUACCUAAAAGAAAAGAAGGAAGAGAAAGAGAAAAAGAAGAAGGAGGCGGUGAUGGCGGCGGAGAGACAUCGUCGCAAGAUGGCCAGAAAGCUCCCGAAAGGAUUUCAAGUGAAGUUAAGAUCCUAA